UUCGAAAGCCGAACAAUGAAGCACUUUGUGGCACUCUUUCUAGCUCCUCCUAUCGUUAUCAGCAUCGCUCUCUUUUCAUCUCCUUCCCAUGCCGUCUCCUCGUGCAACGGCCCUUGUCAAAUCCAUGACGAUCCCGACGUGGGCGCACACACUUAUGCCAGUACUCUGUCAUCCUCUGAUGGAGGAUGUCGACCCUCAGGCACUCUGCACCGCCACGGCAGGUCCUACCCUAAAUACCGUUGCUCGCCCCCGGUAACGUCUUCCACUCGAGCGACCUUGACGAACAACGACUUCAGCGAAGGCGGGGGCAGCGGGGCAUCGGAGUGCGGCGGCAGAUUCCACGGGAACUCAGAGCUGAUUGUUGCCAUGUCGACCGGGUGGUAUGCCGGUGGGUCUCGAUGCGGGCACAGGAUCAAGAUCAGAUCAAGGAAGACUGGGAGGAGCGUGACAGCCAAGGUGGUCGACGAGUGCGACUCUGUGAAUGGGUGCGCUGGUGGGCAUGAUGGUGAACCACCGUGCCGGAAUAACAUUGUCGACGGUUCAAACGCGGUGUGGCACGCUCUGGGGCUGGACAUAGGAGUGGGUGAAGAGGAUGUCACGUGGUCCAUGGCAUAAAAAUCUGUGUGUUUUCCUUCCCCGGGGACGAUCCAAAUGAGAAUGGACAAGUUCC